CCUCCCUGUCAAAAGCUCAGUGAGCUGCUGUGUCUGAUUUGCCGGCAGUUACUGAUUUACAGUCAAGCACGAGCAGAGCAGCGAUCACCGUGGGCCCCCGAGUCUACUGCAGGAGCUUACCGCAGAACAAAAAAAAAAGACAGGAGUCACUCAGCUGUUCAGACUUGAGGAGAAGCACAUGACUCUUUUCUCUACAAGGAUCAACUUUUUUUUCCUGUGCAAGACAACUGAUAAAGACAGCACCCAGGACAUCUUUAAGAAACAGAAAAUGGAUAUAAAGGACUUUGGAUGCCAUUAAAGGGACGACUGAGGAGAACUUUUUUCACGGUUAAUGAUCCACACUCACGACCCUGGUCUAAAGAUGGAUAAUAUCACCCUACCAAACAACUGCAACAAGAGUGAUGACUUCAAGUACCCCCUCUACAGCACCGUCUUCAGCCUGGUGUUCGUACUUGGACUUCUCUUCAACAUGAUAGCUGUAUAUAUUUUUGGCUGUACACUGAAGAUGAGGAAUGAGACCACGACAUACAUGAUCAACCUUGUUGUUUCAGACUCUCUCUUUGUCCUCAGCCUGCCCUUUCGGAUCGUGUACUUCAUUAAACGCGAUUGGAUAUUCGGAAGCGUGCUCUGCAAGAUCUCUGUGGCCUUGUUCUACACCAACAUGUACGGCAGCAUCUUCUUUCUCACCUGCAUCAGCAUUGACCGUUUUCUGGCCAUCGUGUACCCAUUCCGGUUCCAGACUAUUCGUACUAGGAAGAAUGCCAAAUUGGCCUGCUGUGUAGUGUGGAUGAUGGUGCUUUCUGGAAGUAUACCCACAGGGUUCCUCCUGGACACUACUUCACCGAAAAAUACUAACUCGUCUGUACAAUUCUGUUUUGAAAACUACUCUAAAACGCAGUGGAGGGCUGAGCUGUCUAAGGUGGUGGUGUUUAUUGAGACUGUGGGCUUCAUCUUCCCGCUGAUGCUUAAUGUCUUCUGCUCGGUCAUGGUGCUACGAACCUUGAAGAACCCCGAAACCCUCAGUCGUGGAGGGAACCUCAACAAGGCAAAAAUUUUGAGGAUGGUUGCCGUGCAUCUGCUCAUUUUCUGCUUCUGUUUUAUCCCCUACAACCUCAAUCUAAUUUUCUAUUCCCUGGUCCGCUCCAAUGUCCUAAAGGGAUGCACUGCAGAAUAUGUGGUCAGAACCAUAUAUCCCAUCGCCCUAUGCAUAGCGGUGACCAACUGCUGCUUUGAUCCAGUCAUUUACUACUUUACGUCAGAGACAAUCCAGAGCUCCAUCAGGAAAAAGUCUCGAGUGUGGCACAACGGUGCCAAGCUCUUCGACAGGCUUCAGACAGACAGCUCACAAAGCAGUCCACGUACUACACCUAAAGGUGUGUUCUUAACGCCUCUGAGAGCCAAUAUAUUUAACAACGAGUCCACUGUCUAAUGACAACUCUAUGAAGUGGCAGGAUUAAUAAUUCACGAGGAAAGACUGACGAUUUGAAUCCAGGGAGACGGGUGGCAACAGAAUGUUCUUGGGAACAACACAAACAAAACGCUCACUAAGGAGUCCGUUCUCUACUGAUAACCCCAGAGACUAUAAACUGGGUAUAAACUGGGUUUUUUACAAUCGUAUCCAUUCAGUCAAUGUAACAGUGGAGCAAGUGAAAGUGGAGGCAUUCGUGUUGCAGCAAAGUUUAAAAAAUGACAAGUUGCUGCAAAUAUGUACAAGCUUUUGCACAACCGCUGCUGUAAUUGUAGUCAUCAUUCUGAGCGGACUCUCCGUUACAAAACAAAAUGCUUUGGCAACACUGACUCAGUAUUAUAACUCUUUUAUUUAACUGUUUUGUGCAGUUUGUAAGCUGUGUUAUUUGUGACCACAUUGAGGCUUGUAAGCACUUUAUAGAGCAGCAUGUUCUAUAAGAAUUUAUACAACUACUGAAUAAAAAAUUGAUUUACUUUUUGUA